UUUUAGUUGCAGCUGAUUUGCUGUGCUGUUUUAAAAGGUCGUUUUGUCAAAAAAAUAAAUGGUUAUAUCUAAAUAAUAAAUAAAUUCACAAUGUUAUUGAUAUUAAUUGUGUGAACAAUAUUUGCAUCUAAUAUUUGUUUAUAAAUUUUAACAAUUUUUUAUCGUUUAGCGUAGCGUGAAAAGCAGAACAAAGUUGUUUGUUAAUCAAAAACGUAUACACAAUAUUCACACGUCUUUGUUGCUGAGAUCGAACUGAACAGUUCCAGCUUUUGUUUGUGACGCAUUCAAUUUCACCCACCGUUUAAAGUCGUGAAUGGAUUUUAUUUAUAUUCUAAUUAAGCAAUUCAACUAAUUGCGUAAAAAGUUAUUUCAGGGAAAAAAAUUUAAUAGUGGGACAGUAAGAAGUGACCACGGCGUUCCUUAAAAAUAAGCCUGGCCUCCACCGGUGACUCAUCGGGAGACGACGGUGCAGGGCCGCCGCGUAAAAAGUCCCGAAAAAAUAGUAGCAACGGCAGCACGAGUUGCAGUUGCACGGACACUAUGCAGCAACCAGCAUCAAACGGCUGUGUGCGUAACGGGUCAACGGUGGAAGAAGCCUGUACCAACGGCACUGUAUCGGAAGCAAAUGGUCAUAUUGAACAAAAUGAUGGAUCUGAAUUGGGUCCUUCGGUUAUAUUGGAUAAAACAGAUCAAGAUAUUGUCCGAUUGAUUGGUCAACAUCUCAAAUCAAUCGGAUUUAAUCGGACAGCAGAAUUGUUGAUGAUCGAAUCGGGAUGUCGUCUGGAUCAUCCAUCUGCAGCCAAAUUUCGUCAACAUGUUAUGGACGCUGAUUGGACAAAAGCUGAUCAUGAUCUUCAGGAGUUAAAGCCAUUGUUGGAUAAUUCCAGCAAUAGUUUAGUGGAAAUGAAAUUUUUACUUUUGGAACAAAAGUAUUUGGAACAUUUAGAAGAUGGUCGUGUGUUUGAUGCGUUACAUGUACUUCGUAAUGAAUUAACUCCACUCCAACACGAUACUGCACGAGUUCAUCAAUUAUCCAGUUACAUGAUGUGCUCCAAUACUCAAGAAUUACACGCGCGUACCAAUUGGGAUGGAAAAGGAGUUAAGUCGCGCACAAUUCUUAUGGAUAAAUUACAAGCAUAUCUACCUCCAAGUAUAAUGCUCCCACCUCAUAGAUUACGGGAAUUAUUAAAUCAAGCAGUUGAACUUCAAGCACAACGGUGCACUCUACAUAAUACUGCAAUCCCUACGAAUUUGUGGAAUGUCAGUUUAUUAAUUGAUCACUGCUGUCCUAAGGAUCAAUUCCCGAGUUAUCCGAUUCAAAUAAUUAACGAACAUUCUGAUGAGGUAUGGUUUUGUAAAUUUUCACCUGAUGGAGCAAAAUUAGCAACAGGAUCUAAAGACACAAAUGUUAUGAUUUGGGAUGUUGAUCCCGAAACUUGCACUGUUACACAUCGUAAAACAUUGGAAGGGCAUUCAUAUGGUGCAGCAUUUUUGGCUUGGAAUCCAGAUUCGAUACAUUUAAUUGCUUGCGGGCCAGAGGACAGUCCAGAAGUUUGGUUGUGGAAUAUUGAAACCGAUAAAUUACUUAAAGUUUCUCAAUCACCAGAAGAUGUUUUAACAUGUUGUUCCUGGAACAAAGAUGGGACCAAAUUUGUCGUUGGUGGUAUCCGGGGACACUUUUAUCAAUGUGAUAUGGACGGUAACGUUUUGGAUAGUUGGGAAGGUGUACGCGUUAAUAGUCUAUGGUGCAGAGAUGACGGCAAAACCGUGCUUGCCGCUGAUACUCAUCAUAGAAUUCGAAGUUACAAUUUUGACGAAUUAACUGAUUGUAACAUACUUCGUGAAGAAAAUUCAGUAAUGUCGUUCACUGUUGAUUCUGAGGAUCGUUUAGCCUUAGUCAACGUUGCUGCACAAGGUUUGCAUUUAUGGGAUUUGCGUAGUCGAUCUCUAGUACGUCGUUUCCAAGGAGUCGUACAAGGCCAUUUUACUAUACAUUCAUGUUUUGGUGGUGUUAACCAAGAUUUUAUUGCGAGUGGAAGUGAAGAUAAUCGAGUUUACAUAUUUCACGUUCGUCGAGAAGUUCCAGUAUGUACAUUAACUGGGCAUACACGUACAGUAAACUGUGUUUCAUGGAAUCCCGUCCACCCGCACAUGUUAGCAUCUGUAUCUGAUGAUUGCUGUAUUCGAAUUUGGGGUCCUAAGCAUUUAAUGCCGAAAGGUUCACAAGCAACAAACGAUGCGAAUUCUUCAGGUCCAUGGCAUGAAAUGGUAUCGUAGUAGAUUUAAAUAUCUACAACUCAUCUUUGAAAAUGAAAAAACGGAACAGGAAGAUGAAUAUUUUACAGUAAUUUAAGAAAACAAGAAAAUGAAAACUAUAAUACAGUAUACUUACUACUCAUCAAUCUGUGGUACAUUUAAGUACCGUGCAAUCAAAAAAUAAUUAUGAAUGAAAAAAAAUGCCUUUUGAGUGAAUUGCAAUAUAUAAUUAAUUUAUAUAAAUACACGGUUGUGCGCUACACAUUAUGAUGGCGUUAAUGUGACCAUUAUUAAAUAAAAAUAUAAUAUAUAAAAAAAGGAUGCAAGAAAUAUUUACCGUUUACAAAUAAUAUUUAAAAGAAAAUAGCCGGUUCACAACUUUAUCAAGCAAUAUUUACGUGUGUGUUCGGCGGCCAUCUUGUUACAUACAAUGAACUUAAAAAAAUACGUGGUUUUACAUUUUAAAAAAUCUACAUUUACGUAAAUGUAGUAUGUAAUGUUAAAUUUCAGUCGAUUAAAGAAAAAAUAUUUAAAAACGAAACAAUUAAAUAUAAAUAUUUCAAACCU